AUGGCCGACGCAGCACCCCGUGGCGGCGGCUUCGCAUCGCGUGGAGGAGACCGUGGCGGCGACCGCGGCCGUGGUGACCGUGGCCGUGGACGUGGACGUGGCCGUGGCCGUCGUGGCGGCAAGUCCGACGAGAAGGAGUGGCAGCCCGUCACCAAGCUCGGCCGUCUCGUGAAGGCCGGCAAGAUCAAGAGCAUGGAGGAGAUCUACCUGCACUCGCUCCCCAUCAAGGAGUACCAGAUCGUCGACUUCUUCCUGCCCAAGCUCAAGGAUGAGGUCAUGAAGAUCAAGCCCGUCCAGAAGCAGACCCGUGCCGGUCAGCGUACCCGUUUCAAGGCCAUCGUCAUCAUUGGUGACUCCGAGGGCCACGUCGGUCUGGGUAUCAAGACCUCCAAGGAGGUUGCCACUGCCAUCCGUGCCGCCAUCAUUAUUGCCAAGCUCAGCGUCAUCCCCGUCCGUCGUGGUUACUGGGGUACCAACCUUGGUACUCCUCACUCGCUCCCCGUUAAGGAGAGCGGCAAGUGCGGUUCCGUCACCGUCCGCCUUAUCCCUGCUCCCCGUGGUACCGCCCUGGUUGCCUCGCCCGCUGUCAAGCGUCUCCUCCAGCUUGCUGGUAUCGAGGAUGCCUACACAUCGUCGUCCGGCUCGACCAAGACCCUCGAGAACACCCUGAAGGCCACUUUCUCGGCCGUUUCCAACACAUACGGCUUCCUCACCCCCAACCUGUGGAAAGAGACCAAGCUCAUCAGGAGCCCGCUGGAGGAGUUUGCCGAUACCCUCAGGGACGGCAAGCGUUACUAG